ACAAAUAAAUCAAACGUCUUGGAGAAGUGUGUCAUUUUAAUUACCAUUCCAAUUCAUUUCCAUUCUAUUAUCCAUUUCAAUUUCACCCUUAAACCAAACAAGCCCUAAGAUUCUCCAGUUGAAAAGGCCAAAAGGUACUCCAGAGAAGGCGCCCUUAUCUCCAUGCUUCCCAGAUUGGGUGAAAAUACAAACUUCAGAAAUUUUUCUUGUAGCUCGGCCUCUUCCUUUUUAUUUUCAAUACGCGGCAACUUGUCCGUACCAAGCUUUCGCAAUUUCGAGAAACCUCCACCUUUCUUUCCCAGAGAAUCUGUUAAAUGGAGGGCUUUAAAUGAUUUGUUGGAUUUUCACUGAGACUGGAGUGGGGCGACGAAGCAGGGGAGGAUGCGCUUCUCCGAAACCAAGACGUUAUGGAACGAAUGGGAAAUCCGAGUACUGGUUCUGGCCAGCCUCUUCUUGCAGCUCUUCCUCAUCUCGUUAGGAGGCGUUCGGAAGCGCAACGUCUCCGCAACGAUCGGGCUGCUGCUCUGGCUUUUCUACCUGAUGGCCGACUCCAUCGCGAUCUACGCCCUCGGUUACCUUUCCCAUAACCAGGACAUGUCCGGCGUGCCGGACAAUAACCCCCACCUCCGCGCCUUCUGGGCGCCGUUCCUUCUCCUCCACCUUGGCGGCCAAGACACGAUCACGUCAUUCGCCAUCGAGGACAACGAGCUGUGGACGCGGCAGCUGCUCAACCUGGGUUCUCAAAUCGUCCUCGCAGUCUACGUCUUCUCCAAAUCACUGCUGCUUGGGACCACGCUCCUCGUCCCCGGGAUACUGAUGUUCGUUGCUGGCAUCGUAAAGUACGGCGAGCGGGUAUGGUCAUUGAAGAGCGCCAGCAUGGACAGCCUGAGGAACUCGAUGGUCACACCGCCGGACCCCGGCCCCAACUACGCCAAGUUCAUGGAGGUGUACUCGUCAAGUAAGGCGGCCGGGCUCAACGCGGAUAUUAUUGUUGAGGGAGAGCGACCGCCGGACGUCGCCGUCACAGUCGGCGGCGAAGACGAGCGCGUGGAGUACUCCAGACUGGUGUCGGAGGCCCACGGCUUCUUCAAAACCUUCCGGCGCCUCGUCGUGAACCUCAUCCUCAGCUUCCAGGACCGCACCAAGAGUCAAUCCUUCUUCCUGCCGCUUCGGCCGGAACAGGCGUACAAAGUCGUCGAGCUCGAGCUGUCGCUGCUCUACGACAUCCUGCACACUAAGGCCGCGCUUAUCCGCACCGUCUGCGGCCGCCUGCUACGCUGCACCACGGUGCUCUCCACCCUCGCGGCGCUCGUCCUCUUCACUGUACGCGACAAAGACCGCUAUGAUAGAAUCGACGUGCUCGUCACCUAUGUGCUGUUCGGCGGCGCUCUCGGGCUUGAGAUCUACGCGUCUGGCCUUAUACUUUUCUCCUACUGGACGUAUGUCGAAGCGGAACGCUUUAAGUGCCGGUGGUUCGCACGCGCCACUUUCGUGAUUCUCAAGUUCUUCCGGCCGGAGAAGAGACACAGAUGGUCGAACUUAAUGGCGCAGUACAAUCUGAUAACCUACUGCCUCAGGGACCAGCCUACCUGCUUGAGCUCACUCGCGAGCUUCGUCGGCGCCAAGCAGUACUGGGACAAGUUUUGGUACACGGAACAGGCUGGCGUCUCCCCAGAGCUGAAGGAAUUGAUAUUCCGAGAGCUGAAGAACAAGGCGAAGAGUAUCGAGGACGUCGAGAGCUACCGGCGAUUCGGCGAACACAGGGGCCAGUGGGCGCUCCAGCGCAAGGGCUACUACAAAGAGUUCGGCUGGAGCGUUGAGGCGGAGUUUGACGAGAGUAUCCUCCUCUGGCACAUCGCCACCGAUCUCUGCUUCAACGAUAAUGACGUUGCCGAUGCCAGCAGCCUCUCGCACUUGCCCGCGACAAGCCGGGCGAUAUCGAACUACAUGCUGUUCCUGCUCGUCAUGCGGCCAUACAUGCUGACGGCGGGCAUCGGGCAGAUCCGGUUCGGUGACACCUGCGCAGAGGCAAAGAAUUUCUUCUUACAGGGGCAGAAGGCACCGGACGAGCGAGGGGCUACAAAGAUGAUUCUUGACGUGAAGACAGAGAUUGCGCCGACGAGAGUGAAGGGCGAUCGGAGCAAGUCGGUGCUGUUCGACGCGUGCCGGCUGGCGAAAGGGCUGACAGAGCUGCCGGCACAUAAGAGAUGGAAGCUGAUCGGCGUCGUGUGGGCGGAGAUGCUGUGCUACGCAGCCAGCAAGUGCAGGGGGAACUUCCACGCCAAGCAGCUGAGUAUGGGUGGGGAGCUGCUCACUGUUGUUUGGCUUCUCACGGCACACAUGGGGAUAGGAGAGCAGUACAGAGUAGAGGCAGGGCAUGCUAGAGCCAAGUUGAUUGUUGAAAACUAAAUUAUAAAUUCAAUCAUCAAACUUUAAUUUAUAUUAAUCUAUAUUUUAAAUAUUAUUAGUUGUUGUAAAUAAAUUUUACUUUUUAAUUUAGUCAAUGAUAGCAAUGUGACAUUAUGUUGUCGAUCAUAA